AUGCAUCUCCAGAAUUUAGCUAAUCAAGUGCGAAAUCUACUCGAUACAGAUGAUGUGGUCGCCUUUGGACCAUUUUUAUAUGUAUAUAUUAGAAAGAGUUCUCUGGUUACUCACGCAUUGAGAAACUCUCAGUCAUUAGCAAUUUUAUCCAAAUAUAUUCUUAUGGCCAAAGCAUCAAUGAGAGCGAAGUUGGGUCAUGGCCGAAGGGUAGUUCAAAUGCCUUUAAUUCUCUGUAUCGACAGUAAAACAGAUGAUAAUUACAUUUCUCUCUUGGGCAUUCCACCAAUCCACGGAGAUGAUGAUCGGAAUUUAUUCGGUCAAGCCUUUGAAGCUGCUAUAAGUCGGACUAAAGCACGAGCUGAAUUCAAAUACUUCAGUACUAAUUGCAUUGAACUUCAUCGAGAAGAUAUGCUGAAGAUAUUCGAAGCUCUUUCCAAUCUUUUAACUUAA